AUGUCCUUGCAUAUUUGCGUUUCCGGUCUUACCAGCACGCAGAGAAAUUUGAAAUUGGCGUCUGAUAAACACCUUUAUAAUAAUAAAUUGUGGAAGGACUUCGUUGCAGAGCACAAUGCGAAACGGGGCUCCAAUGAUCCAGAGUCUUUGGACUGGAUUAAAGAUGCAAGCCUAAACAGUCUUCUUGAUGUUUUUAAAUUCUACUGUCAAAAGGAACCUUAUCAAAAUAAGGAGUUACGUGCGGUAUUUGAGAAGGGCUCUAGGGGAGAUGUAAUUGACAAUUUUCAGGCUCUUGCCACCUACUGCGCAAACGAUGUUAAAAUGACAUUUGAAACUUUUCGAAAUCUCUGGAAACUCUACCAAGAACGAGAAUAUCUUAAGUAUUGGACGAAGGAAAUGGAGGAACGUCUAUGCGGUGUGAAUUCGCGCAGGGCGUUUGAGACUCGUGCAAAUCCCGAUGCUCGUGAUGAUCUGCUGCUGGAUGAACUGCGUCGCAGCGUGGAAGUGAUGCCACUUGACUUGGAUACUGUAAAUCAUCUUGUUUCGUCUCUCAAAAAGAUAUCUGAUAAUGAUCGUGGGGAACAAGUUAAAUCAAAGAAUUCCUUGCCCCCAGUAUACGAAAACUUGGGGGAACUUCAGGCAAAGGGCGCUCUAUUUUGGGGAAAUAAGGAUCGCUACGAAACGGACCACUCGGUUAAAUGGAUAUCGGCUAGUCGCCGAAAGAAACUCCGUCGCUCCGCCACAGAUACAAUCAAUCCAGAGAUUCCUACAUGCUGGUUCUGUCCUCUUCCCAACGAGGCUGGUACGGGACUACCGGUAGGGUCACCCCUCUCGAAGCCCUUUCAGGUGCACAUAGCCUCGGGUCGUCUGUACAGCUCUCCCACGGCUGGUGGGGGCGAGGAUCAUUCUGCCGAUCAAAUUCUCCGUGAUCGCAUUCGCGCCUCCUUCUGGCAGAGCUAUUCCAAGCGCGUCAUAGCCCUUAGGAAUGGAAAGGUGCCAUUCGGCCGCAGGUACGGGGCAAUAUUGCCGCAGGUAAUAGCGGCGGGUACCAUAUCGCGGCGCGCGGUGGAACCACUCUGGCUCACCGCCAGCAAUGCUGAACGCGAGCGCCUGGGCAGCGAGAUCAAGGCGCUGGUGCAGGCGCCUCCCGGAUUUUGUCUCGUGGGAGCCGAUGUCGACUCGCAGGAGAUGUGGAUUGCCUCUCUAAUCGGCGACUCGGUAGUCGGCUUCCAGGGCGGAACUCCCUAUGGUUGGAUGACCCUUGAAGGUAGCAAAGCCAAGGGUACGGACUUGCACACCAAGACAGCGAAUCUUAUUGGAAUCAAGCGCAACGAAGCCAAAAUUCUAAAUUAUGCUCGCCUUUACGGCUCGGGACUGGAGUUUACCAAGCAUCUGCUGUCCAAGUUCCAAUCAAACUUACGUCCUGAGGAGGCCAGCUUGAAGGCGGAGAAGUUGAUGCGAGCGACGAAAGGACACCGGGUUCCAGUGCAUAUGGGGAAAGGCUGUAAGGAAGAGGCGGAGACGAGAUACAUUUGGAAGGAUGGAACAGAGUCCUGUGUGUUCAAUGCACUAGAGGCGAUUGCUCGAAGCCCCGAACCGCGAACUCCGGUACUCGGCGCUCAGAUAACCAAAACAUUAACUCCUACGGUUGUCAAGGACGAUUUUCUCCCCAGUCGCAUAAAUUGGGUGGUACAAAGUUCGGCAGUCGACUACCUCCACUGCCUUCUUGUGUUCAUGGCUUGGUUGAUAAAGAAGUACAGCCUACGAGCUCGCCUAUGCAUCAGCAUUCAUGAUGAAGUCCGCUAUCUCUGCGACCAACGAUGCGCCGAUCAGAUGGCUCUUGCCCUCCAGAUAAGCAACCUGUUAACUCGAGCACUCUUCGCCUUUCAACUAGGAAUGCAUGACUUGCCGGAGUCGGUCGCGUACUUCAGCUCAGUGGAAGUUGACACGUGUCUGCGGAAGGAUCCUUCGAAUGACUGUAAAACACCAUCAAACCCAGACGGUCUGGAAAUUACGUACAAUAUCCCAAAAGGACGAUCGUUUACAAUCACUGAAAUUAUUGAACGAACAGGAGGUGCAAUGGAACCUUUUGACAGUGAAGCGCGUGAACCGGCAACAAAUGUCAUUUGA